GUUCGAUUAGAUAUUCCCUGUGAGCCUAAAGGCAGAACUAAAAAUAGACCAACGACUGAAUCACAUUCUUUAGCUUCAGAUCUAACAACUGGAAUCAGUGGCGACGAUGGCAUGGGCAGGGGUGUUGAUGGUGACGAUGACGAUACUGCAGAUGAUGAGGAUGAGGGAGACGCAGUUGAUGCAGAAACACCUGCUGCCUUUCUAAAUCAGCAUACUUCAAUGGAAGCGAUUGAGGCUAAUCAAGAUCUCCAGUUGAGUCAGGCAAUUGAUUCUGGACUCAUAAGCCCUUAUGAUUGUUGUGGCAGCUCCGAAGGUCAUUUGAACCGACAUCAGUGUCUUCCUCUUGGCUGCACACUGAUACGCAUACCUGCCCAUCGCCUUCUUUGCAAGACAUCUGCUAUUGGUAAGACUGACGUUUUGCCUCCUCUCGAAGUUGUAAUUCGUGUGUCUCCAGGGGAAGAUCCGGGCCCGCCUCUUGACACCGGAGUCUCACAGGUAACGUUGCUCUUAACACCAAUGUACACUCUUUCUGCUUAA